UCUGAUUUUCUCUCUCCCUUCUUCUCUCUGAAACAACCAAACAAACCAUUACAAAUAUGAAUAAAUAAUAUUUAAAAUAAUAAUAACUAUUAUUAUUAUUUUUUUAAAAUAUUUGAGAGAGAAGAGAGAGAAAUAAUUUUAUUUUUUAAAUAUAUUUUUAUUUAUAAACAAUUUCCACAAACAAACACGAAAACGAAUCGUCUAAGUAAUCAAAAUCAUCACAUUCACAUACAUAAUAUUUUUUUAAAAAAAUAAUUAAUAAAUAAGAAAAUCAUUUUAUUUUUAUUUAAACUCUGUUUCUCUUUCUCUAAUAGUUUUUUUAUUAUUAGUUCAAGUCUGGUUUUGUUGAGCUCUAGAUCUUGAUAACCAAAUAAAGAAAGUUUCAGAUUCAAGAUCUUUAAAUCCAAAGACUUCAAGUCUCCACUUCCUUUAAUUGGAGAUCUAUUUCUCUUUCUCUUUCAGCUCAGGUAUUCAUUUCUUAGUUUCAGAUUAUUGAACAAUUAUUAAUUGUUCAGAUGCAAAUAAUUACAUUAUGUGGAGGUAGAUAAAGCUUGUGAUAUCUUUAUGCUGAGUAAAAUAAGAUGAAGUCGGUAAAAGCAUGGCGUGUAGGCAACAUGGGAGAUCUACAGAUUUUGCCGGGGACUCGCCACCGCCCCCAGUUGAAGAGGCCGGUGUGGAUUAUGGGGUUGGUGUCAUUGGUUAUUCUGUUUCUAGUUUGUGCUUACAUAUAUCCACUCCAUAGUCGCGGUGCCUGUUCCGUGUUUUCUGCUAGAGGUUGCACCUUAACUGAUUGGCUUCCACCAGAUCCGGUAAGGGAACUGACCGAUGAAGAGAUUGCAUCUCGUGUUGUUAUUAGGGAUAUAUUGAACACGCCUCCUGUUCAGUCCAAAAAUUCUAAAAUUGCUUUCCUGUUCUUGACUCCUGGUCCAUUGCCUUUUGAGAUGCUAUGGGAUAAGUUUUUUCAUGGUCAUGAGGGUAGAUUUUCAGUUUUUGUCCAUGCCUCAAGGGAUAAACCAGUGCAUUUUAGUCGAUACUUCAUUAAUCGGGAAAUACGCAGUGGCCAGGUUGUCUGGGGAAGAAUUUCCAUGAUUGAUGCAGAGAGAAGAUUAUUGGCUAAUGCUCUCAAAGAUCCUGAUAAUCAGCAUUUUGUGUUACUUUCUGAUAGUUGUGUACCCCUGCAUGAUUUUGACUAUGUCUACAACUAUCUGAUGUACUCAAAUACGAGCUUCAUUGACUGCUUUAAAGAUCCUGGUCCACAUGGCAGUGGCCGGUAUUCUGAACACAUGUUGCCGGAAAUUGAGAGAAAAGACUUUAGAAAGGGUGCACAGUGGUUUACAAUGAAGCGGCAGCAUGCUCUGAUAGUUAUGGCUGACAGUCUUUACUACUCUAAAUUCCGUGAUUACUGCAAGCAUGGUGUGGAUGGUAAAAAUUGCAUUGCUGAUGAGCAUUACUUGCCGACCUUUUUCUACAUGACUGAUCCUGGUGGUAUUGCCAACCGGUCGGUUACUCAUGUUGAUUGGUCUGAAAGGAAGUGGCAUCCAAAAUCUUACAAGUCUCAAGAUGUUUCUUAUGAACUUCUAAAGAAUAUUACGUCGGUGGAUGCGAGUGAGCAUGUGACAAGUGAUAACCAGAGGACUGUGCUGUUACGGCCGUGCCUAUGGAAUGGUAUCAGACGGCCGUGUUACUUAUUUGCCAGGAAAUUCUAUCCAGAUACCAUCGAUAACAUGUUAAAUCUUUUCACCAAUUAUACAACACUAUGAGUGAAAUAUUAUUUUUUACUCUUAUAUUCUUUGGUGGGAUCGAUAGUGCUUUCUUUCGACCUCCUAUCUCUCCUUAGCUCCCAGUUGGGAAGUUGUAAAUUGCCACAUCAUUAUUGAGAUUAGAAUGUUCCCUUAACACAAUUCUUAAGUGCAAGAGGCAACAUGGAGAGCUAUUAGAUUUGACUUGAGUUUUCAGGCUGGAGGCUAACAACUCAUUGUUGCUUCCUUGGGGCUGGGUAAUUUGUUGUCCAUUUUUUUCUUUUUUGUUUUUAACCUCCAUUUUGGACAGAAAAUUUUGGGGGAUGUUUUAAGUUGUAAUUUAUGUUGAAUUUUUGUAAAACUUUGAACAUAUAAAGUUGCAAACUAGUUAAAAGUGCA